AUGGCUGAGCAGCUGGUUCUGAAGGGUACCCUCGAGGGCCACAAUGGCUGGGUCACCAGUCUGGCGACCUCCAUCGAGAACCCCAACAUGCUCCUGUCCGGUAGCCGUGACAAGACCCUGAUCAUCUGGAACCUGACCCGCGACGAGUCCCAAUACGGCUACCCCAAGCGCUCCCUCCACGGCCACUCCCACAUCGUCUCGGACUGCGUUAUCUCCUCUGACGGCGCUUACGCCCUGUCCGCCUCGUGGGACAAGACCCUCCGCCUUUGGGAGCUGUCGACCGGCACCACCACCCGCCGCUUCGUCGGCCACACCAACGACGUUCUUUCCGUCUCCUUCUCUGCCGACAACCGUCAGAUCGUCUCCGGCUCGCGCGACCGCACCAUCAAGCUCUGGAACACUCUCGGUGACUGUAAGUUCACCAUUUCCGACAAGGGCCACACCGAGUGGGUCUCCUGCGUCCGCUUCAGCCCCAACCCCCAGAACCCCGUCAUUGUCUCCUCCGGCUGGGACAAGCUCGUCAAGGUUUGGGAGCUCAACACCUGCAAGCUGCAGACCGACCACAUUGGCCACACCGGCUACAUCAACACCGUCACCAUCUCCCCUGACGGUUCCCUGUGUGCCUCCGGUGGCAAGGACGGUACCACCAUGCUGUGGGACCUGAACGAGUCCAAGCACCUCUACUCUCUCAACGCCAACGACGAGAUCCACGCUCUCGUCUUCUCCCCCAACCGCUACUGGCUGUGCGCCGCUACCGCCACCAGCAUCAUCAUCUUCGAUCUCGAGAAGAAGAGCAAGGUUGAUGAGCUGAAGCCCGAGUUCACCGCCGUCGGCAAGAAGAGCCGUGAGCCCGAGUGUGUCAGCCUGGCCUGGAGCGCCGAUGGCCAGACCCUCUUCGCCGGCUACACCGACAACGUCAUCCGCGCCUGGGGUGUCAUGUCCAGGGCGUAA